AUGGGGCCUCCUAUGUCGUCGUCCGCUGCGUUGGACGCGAGCUCACCACGGCAGAAGCGCGAGCGCAGGGGCCCCCCACCGACGAGUUCUAGCAAACAGCCUUCAAAAGAGGCGCCUAAGGGAACUUCGUCGGGGGGCCUCGCUGGAGUCGUCGCUGGAGAAUCGUCUAUCUGCACUGUGGCGCUGGGGAGCGGGCUGAACUAUCGAGGAUACAAUGUCGUGGACUUGGCGCGAGAAGCAACUUUCGAGGAGGUGGUACAUUUGCUGUUGCUCGGCGAGCUGCCAAACCACCAACAGCUGGCGAUCCUAAAGCAGAAACUCUACAGGGCGAGGCAGCUGCCACCUCAGCUCCUAACAGUCCUCAAACAAAUACCGAAAGAAGCCCAUCCCAUGAUUGCUAUUCGUCUCAUUGGUGGCUUCCCAGUCGCCUUGAACUACUGGUACCACUUCGCCGACUCAGGCAAAGAAAUAUCACUUGCGUCUGACCCUGCGGACUCUCUGGCCACGAACUUUCUGAAAUUAAUGAACGGGAAUCCGGACUUCAAGCCGCACCCCAUAGUGGCGAAGACGCUGGACACAUCGCUUAUCCUCUACGCAGAGCACGACUUCAAUGCGUCGACCUUCGCGUGCCGCGUGACUGCUGGGACUCGCAGCGACAUGUACAGCUGCAUUUGCUCGGGAAUAGGGACACUGAAGGGACCUCUGCACGGGGGCGCCAACCAAGCAGCUCUGGAGAUGCUGCUCCCCUUGACCUCCAUUGACAAGGCGAAGCAACGGCUGGAGGAAGCCUUUGCUCGUCGGGAGUUGGUUAUGGGCUUUGGACACCGAAUGUACAAAGACGGAGACCCUAGGGCCCCCUUGAUGCGCCAGCUGGCUGAGGCCCUGGCAGGCGCCCGCCUGCCCCACUCCGACCCGGAGUUGGUGCGGAUUGGGGCUUUCAUCGAGGAGCACAUGCUCAAGAGGAAAAACAUGCAUCCAAACGUCGACUUUUCAGCAGCUAUUGCAUACAAGCAGUGCGGGGUGCCCAUUCGGUUCUUCACACCUCUAUUUGCCAUUGCGAGGACCGCUGGCUGGGCGGCACACGUGCUGGAGCAGCGCGCUGUCAACAAACUCAUUCGGCCCACGUCUAUCUACAAGGGCCCCAAGCCUCGACCCUUCGUGCCCAUGGACCGUAGAUCCCCAUCAGCCAACCUGUAG